AUGUGGCUCCUCACAGUGAACCAGGUGUUAAGGAAAAUGCAGAGACGCCACAGCAGCAACACGGAUAACGUUCCACCUGAAAGAAGUCGCAGCCAGGCGCUCAGCUCCGAGGCCAGUGUGGACGAAGGCGGGGUCUUUGAGAGCCUGAAGGCAGAAACAGCCUCCUCACCCACACUCUUCUCCGGCUUGACAGGCAACCUUCCUGCCAGCCCGUUCCCAACCAGCCUGGUGCUGGGGUCCUCUGCCAGCGGUGGGGACGUGUUCAUCCAGAUGCCAGGGUCCAGGGAGGAAGGAGGGGGCCGGGGUGAGGGGGGCACCUACCACCACCGCCAGCCCCACCACCACUUCCACCAUGGCGGCCACCGUGGGAGCUCCCUGCUGCAGCAUGUGGGCGGGGACCACCGAGGACACUCGGAGGAGGGGGGUGAUGAGCAGCCAGGGACACCUGCCCCUGCCCUGUCCGAGCUGAAGGCUGUGAUCUGCUGGCUCCAGAAAGGACUCCCCUUCAUCCUGAUCCUCCUGGCCAAAGUGUGCUUCCAGCAUAAGCUCGGCAUUGCUGUGUGCAUCGGGAUGGCCAGCACCUUCGCCUACGCCAACUCCACACUCCGAGAACAGGUCUCUCUCAAGGAGAAGAGGUCGGUGCUGGUCAUCUUGUGGAUCUUGGCCUUUCUGGCUGGGAACACUCUAUAUGUGCUCUACACGUUCAGCUCCCAGCAGCUAUACAACAGCCUUAUAUUCCUGAAGCCCAACCUGGAGACUCUGGACUUCUUCGACCUGCUGUGGAUUGUGGGGAUCGCAGACUUUGUGCUGAAGUACAUCACCAUCGCCCUCAAGUGCUUCAUUGUGGCCCUGCCCAAGAUCAUCCUGGCCGUCAAGUCUAAGGGAAAGUUCUAUCUGGUCAUCGAGGAGCUGAGCCAGCUGUUCCGGUCACUCGUCCCCAUCCAGCUGUGGUACAAAUACAUCAUGGGUGAUGAGUCCUCCAACAGCUACUUCCUGGGAGGGGUCCUGAUCAUUCUCUACAGCCUCUGCAAGUCAUUCGACAUCUGUGGCCGUGUGGGUGGAGUUAGGAAAGCCCUGAAGCUUCUGUGCACCUCUCAGAAUUAUGGAGUCCGAGCCACUGGGCAACAGUGCACAGAAGCCGGUGAUAUCUGUGCCAUCUGUCAGGCCGAGUUCCGAGAGCCUCUGAUUCUCCUGUGCCAGCACGUGUUCUGUGAGGAGUGCCUCUGCCUGUGGCUGGAUCGUGAGCGCACCUGCCCACUCUGCCGCUCGGUUGCCGUGGAUACCCUGCGCUGCUGGAAGGAUGGGGCCACCUCGGCACAUUUCCAGGUGUAUUAG